AUGGUCGUGGCGCUGUGGUACGUGUGGCCUCUCCUCUUCUGCAGCCCCUGCCUGCUCAUAGAGAUUCCUGACGAAUACAAAGGACACCAUGUGAUGGAGCCACCUGUCAUCACGGAACAGUCUCCACGGCGCCUGGUUGUCUUCCCAACAGAUGACAUAAGCCUCAAAUGUGAGGCCAGAGGCAGACCUCAAGUGGAGUUCCGCUGGACGAAAGAUGGCAUCCAUUUCAAACCCAAGGAAGAAGUGGGUGUGGUGGUGCAUGAGGCACCUUAUUCUGGAUCCUUCACCAUCGAAGGCAACAACAGCUUUGCCCAGAGGUUUCAGGGCAUCUAUCGCUGCUAUGCCAGCAAUAAGCUAGGAACUGCCAUGUCCCACGAGAUCCAGCUUGUGGCUGAGGGUGCCCCCAAGUGGCCGAAGGAGACUGUAAAGCCUGUGGAAGUGGAGGAAGGGGAGUCAGUAGUUCUGCCUUGCAACCCUCCACCCAGUGCAGCCCCACUCAGGAUCUACUGGAUGAACAGCAAGAUUUUACACAUCAAACAAGAUGAGCGGGUGUCCAUGGGCCAGAACGGAGACCUGUAUUUUGCCAAUGUGCUGACCUUAGACAAUCACUCGGACUAUAUCUGCAAUGCCCACUUCCCUGGGACCCGGACCAUCAUUCAGAAGGAACCUAUUGACCUCCGGGUCAAGCCCACCAACAGCAUGAUUGACCGGAAGCCACGCCUGCUGUUCCCAACAAACUCCAGCAGCCAUCUGGUAGCCUUGCAGGGGCAGUCAUUGAUCCUGGAAUGCAUUGCUGAGGGAUUCCCUACACCCACCAUCAAGUGGCUGCACCCCAGUGACCCUAUGCCGACACACCGUGUUAUCUACCAGAACCAUAAUAAGACCCUACAGCUACUCAAUGUUGGUGAGGAGGAUGACGGAGAGUAUACCUGCCUAGCUGAAAACUCACUGGGCAGUGCACAGCAUGCCUACUACGUCACUGUGGAAGCUGCCCCAUACUGGCUGCAGAAGCCCCAGAGCCAUUUGUAUGGACCAGGAGAGACUGCUCGCCUAGACUGCCAAGUCCAGGGCAGGCCCCAGCCAGAGAUCACCUGGAGCAUCAACGGAAUGCCUAUGGAGAAAGUGAACAAGGACCAGAAGUACCGGAUUGAGCAGGGGUCUCUGAUCCUGAGUAAUGUGCAACCAAGUGACACAAUGGUGACCCAGUGUGAGGCCCGCAACCAGCAUGGGCUCCUGCUAGCCAAUGCCUACAUCUAUGUUGUCCAACUGCCAGCCAGGAUCUUAACAAAAGACAAUCAGACAUACAUGGCAGUUGAGGGCAGCACUGCUUACUUGCUGUGCAAGGCCUUUGGAGCCCCCGUUCCCAGCGUUCAGUGGGUGGAUGAGGAAGGAACCACGGUGCUUCAGGAUGAACGGUUUUUCCCUUAUGCCAAUGGGACCCUGGGUAUCAGAGACCUCCAGGCCAAUGACACUGGACGCUAUUUCUGCCAGGCUGCGAAUGACCAGAACAAUGUGACCAUUUUGGCUAACCUGCAGGUUAAAGAAGCAACCAAGAUCACACAGGGGCCCAGGAGUGCAAUUGAGAAGAAAGGUGCAACGGUGACGUUCACGUGCCAGGCCUCCUUUGACCCCUCUUUACAGGCCAGCAUCACUUGGCGUGGAGAUGGCCGAGACCUCCAGGAACGUGGGGACAGUGACAAGUAUUUCAUAGAAGAUGGGAAGCUGAUUAUCCAGAGCCUGGACUACAGUGACCAGGGCAACUACAGCUGUGUAGCCAGCACUGAAUUGGAUGAGGUUGAGAGCAGGGCACAGCUCUUAGUGGUGGGGAGCCCUGGGCCAGUGACCCACCUGGAACUGUCUGACCGCCACCUGCUGAAGCAGACCCAGGUGCACUUAUCUUGGAGCCCUGCUGAAGACCACAACUCUCCCAUCGAGAAGUAUGACAUUGAAUUUGAGGACAAGGAAAUGGCUCCCGAGAAAUGGUACAGUCUGGGCAAGGUGCCAGGAAAUCAAACCUCUACCACCCUCAAACUGUCCCCUUAUGUCCGCUACACCUUUCGGGUCACUGCCAUCAACAAAUAUGGCCCCGGGGAGCCCAGCCCUGUCUCUGAGACUGUGGUCACACCUGAAGCAGCCCCAGAGAAGAACCCUGUGGAUGUGAAAGGGGAAGGGAAUGAGACCAACAAUAUGGUCAUUACAUGGAAGCCCCUCCGGUGGAUGGAUUGGAAUGCUCCCCAGAUUCAGUACCGUGUGCAGUGGCGCCCACAGGGCAAGCAGGAGACCUGGAAGGAACAGACCGUGAGCGACCCCUUCCUGGUGGUGUCUAACACUUCCACCUUUGUGCCUUAUGAAAUCAAAGUCCAGGCAGUGAACAACCAGGGCAAGGGCCCUGAGCCCCAGGUCACCAUCGGCUACUCGGGGGAAGACUACCCCCAGGUGAGCCCUGAGCUGGAAAACAUCACAAUCUUCAACUCAAGCACUGUACUGGUCAGAUGGAGGCCUGUGGACUUGGCCCAGGUUAAGGGCCACCUCAGGGGCUACAAUGUAACAUACUGGUGGAAAGGCAGUCAGAGAAAGCACAGCAAGAGGCAUGUCCACAAAAGCCACAUGGUGGUACCUGCCAACACCACCAGUGCCAUCCUCAGUGGCUUGCGUCCUUACAGUUCCUAUCAUGUGGAGGUACAGGCCUUUAAUGGGCGAGGCUUGGGACCUGCAAGUGAAUGGACCUUCAGCACCCCAGAGGGAGUGCCUGGUCACCCUGAGGCAUUACACCUGGAGUGCCAGUCAGACACGAGCCUGCUACUGCACUGGCAGCCACCACUCAGCCACAACGGAGUGCUCACCGGCUACCUUCUCUCUUAUCACCCCUUGGAUGGGGAAAGCAAGGAACAGUUGUUCUUCAACCUUUCGGACCCAGAGCUCCGAACUCAUAAUCUCACCAACCUCAACCCUGAUCUGCAGUACCGCUUCCAGCUACAAGCUACCACCCAGAAGGGCCCUGGUGAGGCCAUUGUGCGUGAAGGAGGCACCAUGGCCCUAUUUGGCAAGCCAGAUUUUGGCAAUAUCUCAGCCACAGCAGGUGAAAACUACAGUGUGGUCUCCUGGGUCCCUCGGGAGGGCCAGUGCAACUUCAGGUUCCACAUCUGGUUCAAAGCUUUGCCAGAAGGGAAAGUGAGCCCUGAUCGCCAACCUCAGCCUCAGUAUGUAAGCUACAAUCAAAGCUCCUACACGCAGUGGGACCUACAGCCUGACACCAAAUAUGAGAUCCACCUGAUGAAGGAAAAGGUGGUCCUGCACCAUCUGGCUGUGAAGACUAAUGGCACUGGCCCCGUGCGAGUUUCUACUACAGGUAGCUUCGCCUCUGAGGGCUGGUUCAUCGCCUUUGUCAGCGCUAUCAUUCUCUUGCUCCUCAUCCUGCUCAUUCUCUGCUUCAUCAAGCGCAGCAAGGGUGGCAAGUACUCAGUGAAAGACAAGGAGGACACUCAGGUGGAUUCUGAGGCGCGGCCCAUGAAAGACGAGACCUUUGGCGAAUACAGGUCCCUGGAGAGUGACAAUGAAGAGAAGGCCUUCGGCAGCAGCCAGCCAUCUCUUAAUGGAGACAUCAAACCCCUAGGCAGUGAUGACAGCCUGGCCGAUUAUGGGGGCAGUGUGGACGUCCAGUUCAAUGAGGAUGGCUCCUUCAUUGGCCAGUACAGUGGCAAGAAAGAGAAGGAGGCAGCAGGAGGCAAUGACAGCUCAGGGGCCACCUCUCCUAUCAACCCUGUAGUAGCCCUAGAAUAG